CGCGAGAUGAGCAAAAUACUGUUUAUUAGACGACCUCACUGAAUUAUAGAAGCAGCUUUAAAAGAUGGCACUUCGCAGGAUCCGUGAUCCGCUUUCAAAAUUUCAGCUCAAACUGCUCUGCGAGACGAUCCGACCUCAUCUGCCUACUUGCCGAUUCCCGGAUUUUGAAAUCAGCGCGUCGCCUGUUCCCGUUCCCGCAGCAUGGCACUUUGUUUAUUUCCCUUCCCUGCACAGCGAAUUGAUGCUGUAUUCUGAUGGCUACGAUCCGGUUCUGACUGAUGUUAUGCUGAAUGGGCUCUCCAAAAGACGAUGGCGGGGUGGCACGAUCAGCUUCGCCCAUAAAGAACCGCUUCUAUCCGAUCAUCCUUCGACAUGCACGAUAUCUGAAGAGGUUUCAGUUGUGAGAAGCACAAAUAGCUCCAAGAUUUCUCCGUUAGACUGGGAAAAAGUUGAUGAGCACACAGUGAGGACAAUGAUGACUGAUGGGGGCGAGAAUGCGUCUGUGGUCGAGCAGCGGCAUCUCACUUACCUUCCCGUCGGGGGUCUUGUCGUGCCUGUUAGUCAGAAGAAAAUCAAAGCGAAUUACACCCCAAUAUUUGAAACAAAUCUGACCCCUUCCCGCGUGCUGGUCUUUCGCUUCUCGGCUCUUACGUUCAACGCCCACCGCAUCCACUAUGAUCCACUAUACGCAACAUCUUUUGAGGGCCUACCUGAUGUGAUUUUACAGGGUGCUCUAUCUCUCACGCUUCUUAUGUCCUGGAUUCAGUUUGACGAUAAUGUUGCGCAAGCGCUCAUGAUCUCUGCUGGGCUGCCCAAUCCGAAACGGAUCGCAAGCAUACAGUACUCAUGCGUCCAGAAUAUUUUUGUCGACAAAGAGAUCCGACUAUGCCUUGCACCUCGCAAGGGUAUGCCUGGAAAAUAUAGAGCAUGGAUUGAGCAAGAUGGCGGAGUAUGCCUGAAGGGGACUAUCGCGGUCGAGUAGCGGGUGCGAAUGCAUUAGUCAUCGAUGACUCACUAUACAUCACGUGUAGGAUCAGUUGACUGUAAUGGCUGUUGAUACGGCACAGGGUAAG